ACGUUACAAAAGUGGAACAUGUAACCAAAAAUGUCUAUAGAAUUCUCCUCUUUUACUUUUUAACCAUUUGAAUUGUAAUGAGAAAAAAGCUAAAUUUGAUUCCCAACGACCUCUCGCUCUCUUCUCAAUAAAUAAUACUCCAAAGAAACUCAAAUUGAAAAAAGACAAAACACAUCACACGCUUUGUUUUCACCUGUUAUUCUCUGUUCUUGUGCUCUCUUAGAGAGAGCAAUGAUGUGGCGAAUGUUUUGCUCUCUUCUCUUGCUAUCUCUACUUGUUAGGUGUACCGGUGAUGAAUCUUUGCCUGAAGUAACCUAUUCUGAACAAGCUCCAAUGGACAAAAGAGAACGAGAAGCUUUAUACUCUGCGAUUCAAGGAUUUGUAGGUGAUUCUUGGAAUGGCUCUGAUCUCUAUCCUGAUCCUUGUGGUUGGACUCCAAUUCAGGGUGUUUCGUGUGAUAUGUACACUGACUUGUGGUAUGUCACGGAUUUGAGUUUAGGGCUUAUUCAUGAAAACUCACUUCCUUGCUCCUCAAGUCUUGAGAUAAGGCCAGAGUUGUUUGAGCUCAAGCACUUAAGAUCCCUCUCCUUCUUCAACUGCUUUAUCUCUCCCAUGGUGUUAGCUAAAGAUGGUUGGAUAAACUUUGCAGCUAACUUAGACUCGCUUGAGUUUAGAUCCAAUCCUGGUCUCAUUGGGAAACUUCCUGAAACACUCGGCAACCUCACAAACCUGAAGUCCUUAGUGGUUCUUGAAAAUGAGUUCAGUGAAGAGCUACCAGCGAGUAUCUGCAACUUAAAGAGUCUAAAGAGAAUGGUCUUGGCAGGGAACACGUUCACUGGAAUGAUCCCGAACUGCCUCCAAGGCUUAAAAAAGCUUUUGAUCAUGGACUUGAGCCGUAACUCUUUCUCAGGAACAUUGCCUUCAUCUGUUGGAGACUUGACUUCAUUGCUCAAACUUGACCUAAGCAAUAACUUCUUGGAAGGGAAGCUACCUCAAGAACUUGGGUUGUUGAAGAAUCUGACACUAUUGGAUGUGAGGAAGAACAGAUUCUCUGGUGGGCUAUCCAACAACAUUGAAAGGAUGCAAUCUCUAACGGAGUUGGUGUUAUCAGACAAUCCAAUGGGUGGGGAAAUGGUUGGAACAAAAUGGGAGAAGAUGAGAAACCUGGUCAUUUUAGAUGUUUCCAAAAUGGGUUUAAGAGGUGAGAUUCCCACUGGUCUAACCAAUUUGAAAAGGUUGAGGUUUCUUGGUCUGAACGACAACAAUCUUACCGGUUUUGUUCCAUCCGAACUUGAAGCUUUGCCUUGUAUUGGUUCGUUAUACAUCAAUGGAAACAACCUAAGAGGGGAACUUAGAUUCUCUAGGAAGUUCUAUGAGAAGAUGGGAAGAAGAUUUAAAGCUUGGAAGAAUCCAAAUCUUUGUCAACCAUUUGAGAUUGUAAUGUCUGAAUCUCAGAAGCAUUUGCUUCCUCUUGGAGUGAAGCCAUGCACUUGAAACUUGGAGGAGUCAUCAUCGAUGAGUGUUUGUGAGCUCAUCAUCUAUCUUUCUUCUAAAAUCUUUUGUUUUUAGUAUCAUCAUGUAUCAUCUCAUCUUUUCGUAUUAUAUUGCUGUAACGGUUAUGAAAAUAUGGCCCAUGAAUGAAUAUGUUGACGUUUUUAAAAACGAGUCUUAUUGGGCCGAUGAUGAGGUUAAAGUAACAGAAGUAAAAAAAGCAAAAACAGUUGGCCCAUGCAGGUUUCGAACCUGCGACCUUCGCGUUAUUAGCACGACGCUCUAACCAACUGAGCUAAUGGGCCACUUUGAUACAAUGUUGUCUUCUAAAUUAUUGACUAUAUGAUUCUGACUCAGAGAGGCCAUGGGGGCAUAGCACGAAAAAUACAAAUCAUGUAGCCUGUAGGGAAGUAUUUAAUAACUAAUACAAUUCUACGGAGUAAAGUACGGGCAAUAUGCCAGCAUGUAGAGUUAAAGACUUGUCUAAGCACUUUCUAGCUCUCUCCUUGUCUCAUAGACAAGACGAUCAUAUAUUAUAUAAAUAUACAUACUUUCAGAUAAGAUAAGCAUAUGCAAUGUUAUAAGAAAGAACAGAAAAUGGGAAGACACUUGGAAAGAAGCCCAAAAUGUUCUAGCUUUCGUGGACAAAGCAAAAUAAACAACUAAAUUACACGAAAUUGAUAAGUGGGUUGGCCGGAAGAAUAGUGUUUGCAUAGUUCUUUUCUUUACAGAGAGAUAAUGUCAACAACAAAAAAGUCAUAAAGCUACUCAAGCAUAACGAAGAGUCCAAAGACAAGACAACGUAUUAUAAGUAAAUAAAAAACUAGUUGAUUUGUAAUUUGAGACAUCGUAGGCCAACUCUUGUUCGUUUCUUGGUACACUGAAUUUUGUUUAAAUACAAGGUAUUAAUAUUAUAAUGAACUAAUACUAGUAUACAAGCGAAUUAGAUUGUUCUCCAGUAAUCAUGGACUUUAAUUGCAUCGAGUAAUGAUCCUUUUCCAUGAUUAGAGAAAGAGUAUAUACUCAAAAGUACUGCCUCGUCUUUGGUUCUUUCCGAAAUUUUACUUCAUGGAAAUGUGUGUUACCAUUUGCUAAAUCUUUCAAAUCUUGUUUAUUAUUUUGGAUAGAAAAUCACUAGAAGUAUAGUUAUUACGUAUUAUUAAUAAAUAGCACAUUGUCAAUAACUAUAACAAUAAAUCAUAAUCAAGAGUAGAUGAAACAUUUUAUCGUUUUUGGCUUUAUUCCGAAAAUUGUUUUUUUUUUUUUUUGGUUUUACCUCUCUCGUCUUAUCUGAUCAUAUACAUCAGAAAUUGAGUUAAUGAACAAAUGAAACAAUAUUUGUGCUUUUCACGUGUGUAAGUUUUUGGUUAUCUACCCUAAAACCAAUCGAGAACGACAAUUAGGAAAGGAACGUUAAGCUUAAUAGGGUACUAGCUAAAAGAAUGAACUCUGAGUGAGAAGAAGUACAAGAUCAAAUUAGUUCCAGGAAAUAAACAAGUACAAACGGAAACUAUUAGGUUGAAAAGCGAGUGGCUCAACUAUUACAACUUUAUUUAUUAGGGUAAAUACCAAAAAAGUUCGUAGCCCGAGAAGAAGUGAAAGAGACAAGAGAGAAGAGAGCGGUACUGGUGAUGGUCACGACGGCGACGAUGGUAGGACCGCCGCACGUGGCCUGCCUUACCCAUGUCUUCAUUUGACUAGUCAACGUACUUCUUCUCUAGUUAGUUGGUUCCUUUACUACAUUUGCAAAGGAUUUAAACGUUCGAGUUUAAUCAGAAAAAAAUGGAAUAUUAUCACUCGGUCAUUUUUUUUAUUUUUUUUUUUGAGAAAACUCGGUCAUUUUCUUCUAUGAUGUUAGGGAUGUUACGGUGACCUAAUUUUAUUACCUCUGUUAUGAUAACUUAUGAAUCUUUAUUUAAAUCGGUGAUAAUAUACACGAGAUAUGUCUGAUAGGUAAUGUAUACUCUUGGCGUAAUUUUAUUUCAAGAUCCUAAACGAAGCUGGUGUGCGCCUCAACUUCUGUAGUUAUUGAUCGGAUUAGUCUGAGGGUUUUUGUUUCUAAAAAAUAACAUUUAUGUCUUUUUUUGUUUACGUAAUCACUAAACCGCUGAUUACAUAAUACAACAAAAAAAAAAAAAUUCUAACAGAAUACGAUUGGACGUGACAGGUCUUCCACCAUAACUAUUUUAGCACCUAAUGACAUAUUGAUAAUAUCAGGUUUCAUAAGAGGGGCCCAAACAAACUACUGAAUAUUGUGUCCCUUGGUUUAUAUAUAUGGUCGCGCAAAUUAAAUAUAUCUCCAUCCCUUUCACCAGGAAAAUGUAUUUUGAAUAAUUAUCAAUAAUAGUUGAACAAAAAAGAGAGUAAUUAUCCUUUUUUUUUGAACAAAGAGAGUAAUUAUCUAUAAUUCAACAGAUUUCAAUCAGCAGAAAUCGUAAAAGGUUGAGCCAAACCGUAUAAGUAUCGAACGUGCUGAAAAUCGUGGUAGUUCACUAAUAACUAAUUAGAAACAGUGUUUCGGGUGUGUCGGAACUAAUUAAAUUAGUUUAACCCAUCCCACCCAAUUUAAAUUAAUGUAACCCUUCCCCAUGCGUGGGGGCAGCAAUAACCAACAAUUAACUAAAGAAACUUCAAUUGUAAUUUUGACAAUUUUAAAAAUUUAUUAUUAUUGCCGACUUUGAAUCAUACACCAUAGGAACAGAGUUGUUGAGUUGACUAAAAUCAAGUAUUUGGUUCUAGAGAACUUGUUUAUUAGAGAAUAAUUGCUUUAUAUGAUAUCCUUAAUCAUCAUAAUUCAUCCCGGGAAACAUAUACAGGAACACAUAUAUGAUCAAACUGCAUGAUGGAAAGAAUAUAAAAAUAAUAUUGUGUGGUUUGUAAAAAAAUGGUAUGAUCAUUGAACUUGAGAUUUCAAAACCUUAGUUAACCCAACAAGAUAAUACCAACUAUGGAAUACAGAGCUACAAUUUUACAUAGCCGUAAAUCAUUUAUAUUUAAGAAUGUCAUGAACAAAGCCAAAAGCUAUUACAAAACUUUGUCAACUCUCUCUAGCAUGUUGUGAAUAUUUACAAUAUUUCCCUUCCUCUCCACUAAGUAAUUUAAAUUUCAACAUUUCCUCCAAAGAACAAGAAUCUGCUAACCAACUGAGAGACCUAACCGAAACAAGCUAAUCGUUUAACCGAUUCUUCCACAAUAUAGCAUCAAACUAGGAUCCGAACCGACCUUGUUAGCCGAGGUUCUUCUGCAGAACGAAACGACGGGUCUCUCUCCAACCAGCAAACCCU